AUGAGGAUUCCUUCGUUAUCGGCAAUUAUACCAACAGCUGUACUAGUCUGUUCCCAACUUGCUCAAUGUUUAGAUUAUAGCCAGUACAACUAUAUCUUGGACGACAUCAAGGCAUUCAGUCUAGCACAUGACCACGAAGGCGACAUUUUCAAAAGAGCCGACGCCAACUCGACAAGUGGGACAAAUUCCGCCAUGGUUGACUUUUACGUCAACAUUCUCCACCAAGUGCAAGACUCGGGCAUUAUACCCACUGUUUUGACUGAGAUCUCGUCGAAUCCCGACCAGAUCCAGACGUUGGCAAACUGGCUUCAAAGUUUGCUUCAAACCACGGGCGGUGCUUCCAUCGCGGAAUUGAGUGACUUGUUUGGCGCCACCAGUGGCAUCAAUAUCGAUCUCUAUAUCGAUGAUAUCACUAGUGCAAUUUACCAGUCUGGCGUGAUUGAGUCCACCGCGAAUGGAUUGUUGGCGAAUCAAACCAACAAUCAGUUUUUGGCUGAUUUUGUGGGUGGGAUAUUGGGCUCGCCCAAUUGUGUUUGGGUCGGCUGGUUGAUUUUCGACUUGGGUGACGGCAAAGAUUUAUCGAUUAAUCGUCUUGCUAAUUUGAUUGUCAAUAGCACGUCCAAGGCCAACACUAAUUCAAGCAACAUGUCGGAUAUCAAAAUUGAGCCCGGUUUGCCGCUUCCCAACACGGGCUACAAUUAUGAAGUGGAAAUUGACUUGACUGGUAGGUCCAGGCUUAUUCAAGAAUCUUUGCACAAGAGAGCUGAUGGCAAUAACCUGUACCCGGGUUCCAUGAAUGAAUUCUUCAGUAAUGCCAUUAACUCCAUUGUCAAUUCGCAGUUGGUCUCCACCAACUUGAACGACAUUUUGGCUGCUUUGAACCAAUCGGGAAUAGUGGCACCUUUGGUGGUUGACGUGUUGCUGAUCCCCACCUUGAGCAACUUGACCAAUUCUUUGGUGAGUGUCUUGUAUAACAAUGGGGCAUUUGAUGGCAUUGAUUUGGACUCGUAUUACGAGUUUGCUAAGCAGCAAAACUACUUGAGUGAUUUCUUGCAGUAUGUGUUGACUGAUAAUCAUUGGGCUCCACUUUUGGCCAGGUUAUUCAGAAGAGUUGAAGAUCGUGGUGAUUACCAAAGGUUGCAAGAUAACAUGUAUGGACCACACAAGAGAAACUGA